AGAUACCAGUUGUUAAUAAUUAAACUUCAUCAACAAUUCAUUCACACUGGAGUAAAGUCUGUCAAUAAACAAACGAGAGAUAAUUUUCUGCAAUUCGAGAAUGUUAUGGCUGUGAUAAAUACAGAAUAAUGACUUUACUAACAACCGUAAUUGUCGAAAUAAUGUAGGGAAGCAGGUGUAUAUAAGACAAUAGAUGCGACACAUGUUUACACCAUACUACCAUAGUAUCAGAGACAUGACUCCUGUUUCAGUGUUAGGGUUUGUGAUCAUCACAGCUAUUUUAUGUAGAUGUACCACCGCACGUUUUGUCAGGCGAGAUUAUGAGACGAUAGUAACGGAAAGGCACGUGGAAGGAUACUGUUCUAGAAGGUACAGGACUUGUAUGAAGAAUGUAAAUGAGGGGGAUGUAAAACCGGUCACCAAAUCUGAUGGGAGUUUGUAUUUCCCGCCCGAUUUCUUCACAAGGGCAUGUGAAUAUUUCGCCACAUUCAGUGGUUGUUAUGAAAAAAUGAAAUCGACAUCAUGCGGGCCACGUUUUUCGAGGAAAGCAGUGAAGGGAUCGAAGAUCAUGUCCAUCAAAUUGUGUCGAAACGCAGACGCCAUAGACACUCUUAUUCACUGCUUGAAUGAUAAAUAUUUCUAUGAGGAAUACAUGCGCCCAGUUGAAGACGAGGAGGGUGGGAAUCGUUGCAAGGUGGCCAAGGAAAAAAUUCGGCAGGGUUUACGAGUCGCCAAAUACAAAUGUGGUGAAACUGAAUAUACCAACCUGAAAACAGUCGUGGAGGACUUUGGGAAUGAUUUCAUUACCUUAUUAUAUCCCGAAUCUGAUGAUCAAAGCUGCAUUAUUGACGUCAACACCCUUACCCCCGACAGGCGCAGGAGGGGCGUGGCCAGUACGACUAUGAAGAAAUUGAUGGAUGGAUGGAUUUUGUAA